AUUUCUUCUAACGCGAAUCUGCCGCGCUGAACGUACAAACAUGUUAUUGCUGUUGUGGUGUUUGAGAAAUGGCUGAUGAUUUAGGAGACGAGUGGUGGACUCAGGGCGACAAUUCCGGUCCUUCAGAGGUAGAAGAGGACACACAGCCCUCUACAGAGGAGCAGCAGAUUAAACCCACAUCAAAUAAAAGAAAGAGCGAGAAACCGAUUCAAGAAAACACAAAGAUAAAGAAAAGAAAGGAAACUGUUCAGAAAGAAUGUUUCAUCACACAGGAGACAACAGAGGAAAAGGGUGAUAAAGAAACCAUCACAAAAAAGAAGAGGCGAAAGAAGAAGAAAACUAUCACCGAUGUCUUGUCGAGCUCAAAACCUGUGCCUGGAUCUCCAGCUGACAUUAAGACUCUUCUGAGUAGUCACUAUAGCCAGACCCGCUCUGUUAUUGAGCAAGAGGACCUGACUCUACCGGACUCCUGUUUUCUUAGCAGUAAUGACCUCACACAUAGUCUAUCUUCGUACCUUAAGGAAGUCUGUCCAAAGUGGGCUAAAUUACAGAAGCAGCACACCCAGACGGGUUCCAUCAUGUUGCUCAUUGUUUGUGGAUCUGCUCUCAGAACCAUUGAUCUCAUUAAGCAGCUAGUUGCAUUUAAAGGACAAGCUAAAGUGCUAAAGUUGUUUGCGAGACACAUCAAACUGGACGAUCAUAUCAAAUUCUUAGCUAAAGGUGUGACCCAUAUCGGUGUUGGAACUCCAGGGAGAGUCGCUGCUCUGUUAGAGAAAGAGGGUCUGAAAGUGCAGGGAUUACGAUAUCUGAUAUUGGACUGGAACUUUCGAGAUCAGAAGCAAAGGAGAAUGGUGGAUGUACCAGAGGUGAAAAAAGACUUAUUGAAAAUGAUGGACCUUGGUGUAGUACAAAGCUGCAGAGAAGGAGCGGUUAAAAUAGGACUGUUUUGAGCAGAUCGUCUGUCUGUGGUUACUUUCACAUUUAUGUCAUUGUGCUUGUUUGAUGUGUAUUUGAUGUAACUAUUGCAACAUGUUUUGUGUUAUAUGUCAGCUGCAGGAGAGAAUAAUAUGAUGCCUUCAUAAUUGUUCUUUUUUUAUAAAUAAACCCAUUUGAUUGGA